GUGGCACUUUUGUGCCAAGUUCAUCGGAUGAGGCUUGCUGUUUAUUCUUUUUUUUUGCGCUUCUCUAUCACUUUCAACCUACCGUUUGUACGGGAUCGGGUUUUCCCACGCUGUGGCGUGUCGGUAGGGUGUGCCAUUUUCAUGCCAGCGCCGACUAUAACUGACACGCUAUGCGUCAAUGAAAAACAAAACAAAAAAGUGCUUACUGGCUUUUAGGAGGCCGACAGACAUUGAAAGUUUGUGGUUGAUUUGACUGGGUUGAUAUUUAUUGAGCCGCAGCAUUCGUUUCUAUAGAAGAGCAAAAACGAAUGCCAGAAAAGGUGCAGGAAAAGCCAUUGGGUUGUGUACUCUUUUGGUGCGAAUUACUGUUUGGCAAUGAAUUGUUUGCGGCUUGUGGUGUCAGUUUCACCUUGAACCCGGUGUGAUUUGGCUCAGCUGUGUUUCAAUGAGACGGCCCUGCCCGAUAAUCAAUAAUAAUAUGGAUAGAAUUUAUGUGCUGGAGGGUUUGUACUAAAUAUGCUAUACAGGCUAUUGUCCACAGUACAUGUACCGCAUCGGUAAUACGUACUCGUCUCUCACGCAUCGACUACUGAUCGAUCCGACGGUGGCCCACUCGGAAAAGCUUAUCCUUUCCGAUCGAACAAACGAUGAGUAUUCGCUCGAACGCCAGCCCGUAGCUACCCAGCUGGAUGAUGACGAUCGGCGCCGGGAGGACGAUGAUCAGCGGGAUACGAUCUACCACCACACACCGAUGCCCGGUUACGAGGGUUACAUUCCGCGUACGAAGGACAAGUUCGGCAAACGGUACGCCGUCACCACGACCGAAGGAUUGUCCGAGUUUGAGCGAGACUGUCAGCGUACCAGGGCACAGCUGAAACGGUUGCGCCAUCGCGUUCCUCAACCAAUUUCAACCAUCUCCAAAGGAAGUCUGGGCGAACGGAUGCUUCGAUUGAAUGACUACGAGAUACCGCUCCGAUUAGUGCGUCCCGAUGCGCUCAGCGUAGUGAAGGAGGUGCCGGUGGAAAAUUUACCUCCGCUGCCCGGUUUGCCGUACUUUUCCCGUGACACACCACCGAUGGCACUGCCGAACGAUCAUCCGGAAAAGUGGAUCAAACUAGGAUACACUGGCCACAAACCCUUCCUAUGGCCACGGUUCGGCGAGGCGAACGUACCGCUAACGUCGAAAGCGCUGUGUGAUUUUACCAACAGCUACAACCAUCGGCGAAGCACCGACUGGGAACCGAUCACGUUGGCCGGUGCCGGAACGUCGCAACCGUCGGCGAGGGUGAACGAAAUCUACCACAAAACGAUUGGCCUUCUGCCGAACUAUCAGGGGCACGUGCCCGGUGCUAUGUUUAGGUUUGGGAAAACCUUCGGCAACGAUAGCAAGGAUGCGAAGAAGUAUCUGAAACGGUGUUGAAAAAUGAAAAAACGGGAACAACUCUGGUGAUACGUUUUUGGCAAAACAAAACAAAAUUCACCAACCAGCGUUAUGGUGCCGUGAGUGAUGAUGAUUCUAUUUGUUAAACUUUACCCCGAUUGAUCCACUCCCAAGGAUA